GGCGCGCUGGUGGCCCUGGCCGUGGUGUCGGCGCUCAACGCGGCGGGCACGGUGUUCGCGCUGUGCCAGUGGCGCGGGCUCCGCGCGGCGCUGCGGGCCCUGGAGGCCGAGCGCGGGGAGGAUGCGGCCUUGCGCGCCUUCCUGACAGAGCUGCGCCCAGCUCCCGGCCGCAGCCCCGACCCCGACCCCGACCCCGACCCCGACCCCGACCCCGACCCCGACCCUGACUCUCCCAGCGCCGCGCGCGCCAAGCGCAGCCACGGGGAGCCCGCGCCGGCCCUGCGCGCCCAGAGCCAGGACACCCUGAUGCUGAUGACCUACUCCAUGGUGCCGAUCCGCGUGAUGCUGGACCUUUGCAACAGCACCAAAGGCAUCUGCCUCACAGGACCACCUGGCCCACCAGGACCUCCAGGAGUCGGUGGGUCACCCGGACACAAUGGAUCCAAUGGACAGCCUGGACCCCCAGGCCUGAAAGGCGAAAAAGGAGCAAAUGGCAAAAGAGGAAAAAUGGGGCCACCUGGAGCCCCAGGAAAUCCAGGGGAAAAGGGCGAGAAGGGAGAUCCUGGGGAACUGGGCUUGCCUGGAAACGAGGGCCCACCAGGGCCAAAGGGCGAGAAGGGAGACAAAGGCGAUGUGUCCAACGACGUGCUGCCCACAGGUGCCAAAGGUGACCAAGGCCCGCCUGGCCCACCUGGGCCCCCGGGGCCCCCCGGCCCUCCCGGGGCCCCCGGAAGCAGAAGAGCCAAGGGCCCUCGGCAACCAAACACGCUCAACGGCCAGUGCUCAGGUGAGACAUGUGCCGUGCCAAAUGACGACACCUUGGUGGGAAAAGUGGAUGGGAAAGGCAGUGAACGGCAUGCCCCACAAGCAGAAUCCAUGAUUGCUUCCAUUGGAAACCCAAUACAAGUACUGAAAGUGACAGAGACGUUUGGGACGUGGAUAAGAGAGUCUGCUGGCAGGAGCGAUGAUCGGAUUUGGGUGACUGAGCAUUUUUCAGGCAUCCUGGUGAAGGAGUUCCAGGACCAGGCCUCACUCCUGAACGGCAGCUACUCUGCCAUCCUGCUGCCGCACUACUUCCACGGCUGCGGGCACGCGGUCCACAAGGGUGCCCUUUACUACCACAAGGGCGGUUCCAACACCAUCGUCAGAUUUGAAUUUGGCAAAGAAACCGUCCAAACUCUGAAGCUUGAGAAUGCCUUGUAUUUUGAUCGGAAAUAUCUUUUCGCAAACUCCAAGACUUACUUCAACCUCGCUGCCGACGAGAAGGGCCUUUGGAUCAUCUACGCGUCCAGCGUGGACGGCUCGAGUGUGGUGGUCGCCCAGCUGGACGAGAGGACGCUCUCCGUGGCAAGGGUCAUCAACACCACGUACCCCAAGUCCAAGGCCGGCAAUGCCUUCAUAGCCCAGGGGAUCCUCUACGUCACUGACACCAAGGAUAUGCGGAUAACAUUUGCCUUUGAUCUCUUAGGAGAGAAACAGAUCAAUGCAAACUUUAAUUUAAGAACUUCCCAGGCUGUCCUUGCCAUGCUGGCGUACAACAUGCGAGACCAGCACCUGUACUCUUGGGAAGAUGGCCACCUGAUGCUGUACCCUGUGCAGUUCUCGUCUGCCACAUUACACCAGUGACAAGCGGCGCCCUCCCUCGGCGCCUGGCAGAUGUGCUGUGGCGCCAGCCCUAGCUCCACAGAUUAGUCUUUCGGGGUAGCUGAUACUAAAGCGAGCGUCUGUGCGGCUAGUGAGCCUCCUUCAGAGCGGAGUGCGUGGUGAGCCGGUGUAGACUAAGCCGGAGUGGCCGCGACUUGGUGUCCAUCACGUGUGACUCCUUCCCUGGGCUUUGGUUUCCCACUGAAAACAGAAGCAGCCAGCUAAGAAACUGUCUGAUUCCCUCUACCUGCAGGAAAUUCUGGUUCUGGGCUGUUCCUAUUUCUCAUGGCUUGCACUUCUCUGUUCAUUCUGUUUCUUUAGCCGCAGAGAGCAAGUUUGCCUUCGAGGCGAUGGUCCCCGUUGCCUGACCAACAAAUUCUGCACCAGUGUCCGGGGAAGGUGCGUGGCCAUGGACGGCUUCCAGGCUCCUGGUGCCCAGCACUGAGCGCUCUUCUCCACUCGCGCGCCUGCCAGCACAGCGUCCUUGGCUCCUGAGGCAGCACUGAGAUCAGCGCAAGGCAGAAGGCUGUGUGCUCAGGCUUCUCAGUGAUGCAAUCGAGACUGGCAGGCUCCUGUCGGCUGCUGGGGGCCUUUCUCUGCCCUGUGGGUCAGAAAUACCGAGUUUUUGGGUCGUUCUGCAGUGAUGGGUCCACUGUCAGGGCACUAAACUUGGAGUGAGUGCAUCGAUGUGGCUGGGCAUCAGUGCCAUUGUGCUCAGUGUCUGCAACAAGGCCAAGCCACCCGGCCCCAGGGCCAAAGCCAGCCCAUUGCUGUUGCUGAGAAUAAAGUUUUAUUAGAACACAGUCGCACUGGCUGGUGUGUGGGUCACAGUACCUGCCUACUUCCAACCCACAAACAGUGGCAGAGGUGAGUGGUGGCCACAGAGCCCACAGGACACUGCUCUACAGGACAGGGUGAGCCUGAUUCUCGGUGGCCUCUCCACAGCCUUAGUGUACUGCUGGAAGGCGAGGCGGAGCACGGCACGAUGCACCGAUGCCUUGGACAGGAUGCAGUGCACCCUGCUCCGGCUCCCACGCCCUUCAGCUGUGUGCUUCCUGCCUGCUCAGUUCUCCAUUCAUCCUGCAGCCUGGCCCAGAGCUCCAGGCAGAAGAGGGAAAGAGCAGGACGUUGACCUUGGGCCCACAGCCAGGAAGGGGCUGGGGUCGCCCUGUGGCAAGGCGGGUCAGCAGCUGUUUAAAAAAUACUCUUUUCAGAUUCAUGAAGCAAAGUCUCCAGUCUGACCCAUGUGUCUAGUGAAUGCUGGUGUUCUUUAGGGUAUUUCAGUAUACGUGCAGCUCUUUUCCAGCACAGUAGAGCUAGGUGCGAACAUAAUUUCAUAACAACUAAUUGUGUAUACACAGUAGCAACAGAACAGCUUAGUCACUGAGUCAGCACACAUCCCUUGUAUGCCUUUUAGAGAAAUGUUUUAAAGUCACCAGUUUUGAUAUAUCUUGGGGUUCUGUUCGCUCUCAUUUUUUUUGAAACGAGGUUGGCCUGUGUUGCACAGGUUGGUCUCAGGCUCCUAAACUCAAGUGAUCCUCCUGCCUCAGCUUCCCUAGUAGCUAGGACUGUAAGCACACAACACCACACCUGACUCCUUGUACAGCGGCUCACAUGGCAUAUUUUUAUUAAGGUAGAGUAACAUGAGGACAACUAAGGCUGGCCAGUGUCUGACUGUCAGCUGCUGGUGGCCUUACCAGCAAUGACAGUUUGAACAGAAUUAAAAGAAUUAAGAUUUUACUCUUUCCUGCAAACAGUACUUGGGUUUUUUGAAGUUUGGGCUCUCAUGCCACAGACCUAGUAUGGAAAAGAUAUGUUGUGGUGUGGAGUACUCUUGUGUAGUUCACAUCCCAGCAGUAACCAGAGUUGCUUAAAAGCGUUUUCCAAAUAUCUGCACUUCUGAUCUCAGACUCAAACCAAAAAUUCUGUGGUUCUUCUGGAACCUAAAGGAGAUAGCUUCCUACUGGAAAGAAAAUAAAACCACCCCUUCCAACCUCAAAGCCGAGCUGGUCCCUCUUUCAAAGCAUUUCUCUGAAUCUGCAUUUCUCUGAAUCUGAUAAGGUGUGGAGUGGAAGCUGCAGCUGGCCUGGCCUCAGGGUAUCUCUGCCCACAGGUGUCAGGGUAGCAAAAGCUGCGGCUGGAGGUAUCAAGGGAGGAAUUCAGACCCGGGCAACUUCACAGUCAGAGCUGCAAGGUCAGGAGGCCGAAGUCAGACAGAGAGACGCCUCUGGCAGUCUCUCACCCUCCACACCUGGCUGGCUGGGACACCUGACAUCAAAGCCCUGCGGAGAGGGAGCCACAGGGCUCUGUAGGUGCCUUCCAGCGGCCGUGACCUCGCCUGUCACACCAGGAGCCAGAAUUCCCCAUCUCUUAGCACCGAUUCUGAGCAACAGAUGAAUAAUGACAAAUCUCUUUUUGGUUGUAAUUUACUUUAAUCUAAUUAGCCAAAUUUUUAAAACUGUAUUGUUAUUUUACUUCUUAUUAAUUUCUGUGUAAUGUUUUAAAAAUUAUAACCAGCCCAAACAAUACUGUGGUAGAACAACAUCAGUCACGCCUCCACAAACACACACAGACUAGUUCCUCCGGACACUGAAAAAGAAGGCACAGCAGACGGGAUUCGGGCAGCUGGAGGGAGGUGUACACAGGAAGAGACAACGCAGGGGAGGUCUGCUGAUGCAUCAGCUCCACCGCAGCAG